CAUAUAUAUUUUUAUUUCUUAAGCAUUUAGAAAAAUCUUUUAACUAAUAUUUAGAUGUGAUUAGAUGAUGAUCAUGUCAGCAAGAUUAGGAAGCUCAUCAUCAUUACUACCAAUCUUUACUAGUAUUUUCACUAUUUAUGUUUUGUUGUUUGCUAUUAUCAAUGUUUCAUCAACAAUAGCUCAGGAUAGAACUCAUGAUCAGCCCACUACUGAUCUCUCUGAAGUGAGAGCUUUGAAUUCUAUAUUUGAGUAUUGGAAGAUAAAGGCAGACACUCAAAAGUGGAACAUAAGUGGGGAACCAUGCAGUGGUUCCGCCAUAGAUGACUCCAUCGACAUCGGUGACUCAUCGAGUCCUUUUAUCAAAUGCGACUGCACUUUCAACAAUGGUUCUCUCUGUCACAUUACUAAACUGAAGGUUUAUAAAAUGGAUGUUAUUGGUGAGAUUCCAGAAGAGCUAUGGACUCUGACCUUUCUCUCCUAUCUGAGUUUGGGCUACAAUUUCUUGACGGGUUCUCUUUCUCCAUCAAUUGGAAACCUCACUAACUUGCAAUACUUGGACUUGAGUAUGAAUGCAUUGUCAGGAGAGGUCCCAAAGGAAUUGGGACUACUUUCUCAGCUAUCAUCAUUGUACAUUCUAUCAAACAAUUUCUCUGGUCCGCUGCCCCCAGAACUAGGGAAUUUGACCAAAUUAGAAUUGUUUAGUUUUUCCAGUUGUGGAGUUAGUGGCGAGAUUCCUUCAACAUUUGAGAAUCUACAAAGCAUAAAAGAAUUUUAUGCAUAUGAUAAUGAACUCACAGGCAAGAUACCCGACUUCAUAGGAACUUGGUCAAAUCUUACUAACUUGGUAUUGCUAGGGAACUCUUUUCAAGGGCCCAUACCAUCAAACUUUGUGAAUCUAACUUCUUUAGUACAAUUGCAGUUGAAUGAUGUAUCUAAUGCAAGCUCUUCUCUCUCAUUUAUCAUCAAUAUGGAGUCUCUUAUAACAUUAGAACUGAGAAACAAUGAUAUCACUGGCUCAAUUCCAUCGAGUAUUGGCAAACUCACACAAUUGAAACAUCUGGAUUUGAGCUUCAACAAGUUACAUGGGCAGAUCCCAGAGUCUCUUUUCAACAUGGAUUCACUUGUUUAUUUGUUUCUUGGAAACAAUAGUCUAAAUGGUACAUUACCUAGGAAAAACAGUUUAUCUCUUCUCAAUAUAGAUCUAUCAUACAAUAAUUUUGUGGGAAGCAUUCCUUCUUGGGUCAACGAUCAACACAAUUUACAGCUGAACUUGGUUGGCAACAAUUUUACUUUAGAUAAUUCAAACAGCAGUAAUUUUCUUUUAGGUUUGGACUGCCUUCAGAGAAAUUUUCCAUGUAAUCGAGAUCUACCCCUCUAUACUAACUUUGGGAUCAACUGUGGUGGUGAACAAAUUACCUCUUCUAAUGGCCUUGUGUAUGAGAAAGAUGAUGAGAGUCUUGGCCCAGCUACUCAUUUUGUCACCAGCUCAAAAAGAUGGGCAGUAAGCAAUGUUGGACGUUUCCUUUGGAAUGAAAGUGCUACCUUUAUAAGUACUUCAUCAUCUCAAUUCAUAAGUACUUUAGACUCGGAAUUAUUCGAGACUGCAAGGCUUUCUCCUUUAUCAUUGAGAUACUAUGGUCUGGGGCUUCAGAAUGGCAACUACACUGUCAAACUCCACUUUGCAGAAACUGCUUUUGAAAAUUAUCGCACCUGGAAAAGUCUUGGCAAACGUAUAUUUGAUAUUUAUAUCCAAGGAAACCGCGUAAUGCAAAAUUUUGAUAUCAGAAAAGAGGCAGGUGGAAUCUCUUUCAAGGCGGUCCAAAAGGAAUUUAAGGUUGUGGUCUCACAGAAUUACCUUGAAAUCCAUCUGUUUUGGGCUGGAAAAGGAACUUGUUGCAUACCAACAAAUAAUGUUUAUGGACCUUCCAUUUCAGCAAUCAGUGCUACUCAAGAUUUCACACCUACUGUCAAUAACAAUAAGAAGAGCAGAACUAGUUUGAUUGCGGGAAUCACUGUUGGGGUUGUCAUUUUAAGCUUUAUGUCAAUUUUAGUGGCCUUCUAUCUUAUUCAGAGAAGAAAAAAGCGACAAAUGAAUGAUGACGAUGAGUUAUUUGGCAUGGAUGUUAAACCAUUGACUUUCCGUUAUGCUGAACUUAAGACCGCGACAAAUGAUCUUGAUUCUUCAAAUAAGUUGGGAGAAGGAGGAUUUGGACCUGUUUACAAGGGAAUACUUGAAGAUGGAAGAGUUAUUGCAGUAAAGCAAUUGUCUGUGAAUUCUCACCAUGGAAAGAGCCAAUUUGUGGCUGAAAUUGCCACAAUAUCUGCUGUGCAACAUCGUAACCUUGUCAAAUUAUAUGGAUGUUGUAUUGAGGGAGACAAACGACUUCUUGUUUAUGAGUAUUUGGAAAAUAAGAGCCUUGAUCAAGCACUAUAUGGUAACCAAAGUUUGAAUCUGAAUUGGUCAACACGUUUUAAUAUUUGUUUGGGCAUAGCAAGAGGUCUUGCUUACCUACACGAAGAAUCGCGAGUUCGAAUCGUGCACAGGGAUGUCAAAUCCAGUAACAUUCUUCUUGACUCUAAUUUCACUCCCAAAAUAUCGGACUUUGGUUUGGCCAAAUUGUAUGAAGAUCAAAAGACUCAUAUAAGUACAAGAGUUGCAGGAACUAUUGGUUAUCUUGCACCUGAAUACGCCAUGCUUGGUCACCUUACUGAGAAAACAGAUGUCUUUGCUUUUGGAGUUGUGGCAUUAGAAAUCCUCACUGGCAGAUCGAAUUUCGACUCGAGCUUAGGUGAAGAAAAGGCAUAUCUUCUUGAAUGGGCUUGGAAUCUACAUGAAGAAGGCCGUGAAAUCGAACUGGUGGAUUCAAAACUAUCAGAAUUCAUUGAGCAAGAAGUGAGAAGAAUCAUACAAGUAGCUUUUUUAUGCACUCAAACAUCACCUACAGCUCGUCCAUCAAUGUCGAAAGUGGUAACAAUGCUUUCAGUAGAUACUAAUGUGGAUACUGAAGUUUUAAGGCCUAGUUACUUAGUUGACUGGAAAUUCAACAAUGUCAGCAGUCUAAUGAGUCGAAUUGAACAAGGGACUGAUUCUAGUACAAGCAUGGAGACAGAUGGUUAGUGAUGAAGUUGAUAAAGCAUGAUUAGUGUUUGUUUUGCUAUGAAUAUGCUAGUUCAAGUGAAGUCAUGUCUGAUAUGAUAGAAAAAUCAGGGCAUGUCAACAUAUGCACCUUGUUAUGUAUCAAUGGUAUUGAUUCCGGCACUAUACAGGUGUUGAGAAAAAAGUUUAAUUUUGUUAUGUGAGAUUUUCUCUAAAUAUAUGUAUGUUUACGUAUUAAGUAGGACUAUAAAACAUACAUAUAUUUAUAUUAUGGAUACACGUGUGAGAUAGGUGUUGAGAGACUUGUGUGUUUUUUGUUCAACAUCGCACAAUCUCGCACAUUUACCCAUGUUUCCUAUUUUUUUUAUAUAAUUUUAUUUUGGCUUUUGCUCUCAAA